AUGUUGUUGCGUUUUGUGUUGUGUGUGAUCACUUUGCUUGUGAGCAUUGGCUGUGUUUGUGUAACGGCAACUGGAGAUGGUGGCCCUUCUGCUCUUGCUUCAACUUCUAAUCUUGAUUCUAAUAAUUGUCCUCCAGAUUCUUCUGACGGUCAUCAUUGUACUCAUAUAGGUGAUCAACAUGAAGGUACACCUAAAGAAUGUGAGGGUAGUACUGCAGGAGGUCAAUGCCCUAACAGGGAAGAAGGAAAUCAACACCAAGUGAACGAAGAGAGAAAAUUACAUCUGGCUUCUUCUGCUCAUGAGAAAGUGGGUGAUGAAUUGGUAACCAUGGUUUCGCAAACCGAUCCAAAUACAGUAAGGGUAGGAAGUGAAAGAGGUGAGAAUUUAGAUAAAGUUAAUCUGGAGAAUCAAAAUCAUGACGAAAGUGGUAGAGGAAAAACACCACUAACUCCAGAGGAUAGAACUCAUAGGGGACCUACUCAAUCAGAAGAUCAUGUACAGGCCCAAGCACAACAAAGCGCACAACAAGGAAUCCCUGGUUCUCCUCAACCGGAAGAAAGCAGCGCAGUGGUCAGCAACCCCACGAGCUCAGGAGAACAAGAGACUCAAAGGAAUGAUAAUACACUUAAUACGGAAUCCUCACCUCAGACAAAUCCACACCAACAAGAAAACGCUGAAUUGCAAUCAUCUGUCAUUGCUGGUGCUGAGACUCCUGCAUCACCUUCACCAGCGGAAACUGAAAAUACAAAUGCAUCUGAUAAUGCAAACGCUGGGAGUGUCAGUACAUCUCCAGAGAGUGAAUCAACAAAUAACACAGCUACUAAUACAGAGACCCCCACCACCACCACCACAACAACAACAACAACACUUCCUCCUGAACUCACAAACAACAAGAAGGGUGAUGCAGACAGCAGCAGCAGCAGUAUCAGCNCAUAG